AUGAGGAUACGCCAUCGCCUAAAUACCACUUGGCUUGUCUAUAUACCUCUUGCAAUCCUUUAUGCAUCCGCUGUUACCGCUUUUUCAGUUACAUCGCCGUCAUCUAAUACGCGGAUCGAACAAGGAGCAGCUUUUUUAGUAUCAUGGGCUGAUCUCACUGGCAACGCUAGCAGCCUUGCUAUCACCGUAGCUCAAGGUCCUAGUGCUGAUGCUCUUUUGGUUAAAGCAACCCUUGCUACUAUAUCAUCACCAGGCACUAGUGGAUCCACAACCGUGUCUUUUCCUAGUACCAUUGCAGCAGCUGACAACUACUUUUUACGACUUUCAGCUAACACGGUCCCAACUUCGGUGGCUGUUCAAGGACCAUUAGGUGUCUUUUUGCCAAACAGCAUUACACCUAGUCAAAGUUCAGCUGUGCCUUCAAGCAAUAGCAGUGUGCAACCAACCACUGCAAGUUCACAAGCGCCAUCCUCAUCUUCCGCUGCAUCUAGUGUCCGCCCCAGUAGUAGUGCUUCAUCUUUACCACCUAUAUCCUCCUCAUCCAGUGUUGCUUCUUCAUCCGGAAUAUCGACAUCAAGUAGUUCCUCAUCAUCAACAUCCUCACCUACACCAUCAAAUGGAUCAAAAGAUGAUGAUAAUAAUAGUGGGUCAACCUUAUCGGCAGGUGGUAUUGCCGGCAUUGCAAUUGGUGGAGUUGCUGCAGCUGCUCUGGUCUUUGGAGGUGCCAUUUGUUUGAGGAAAACCGGCAACAGCAAUAGCAAAAAGCAUGCUGAUACUACAGCUGCCGAGAUUUUUGCUAGUCCACCAGGAUACAAAAAGCCGCCACCAUCGUCUCAAUCACCACUACCACGCACAAGGUCACCACAGCUACCCAAUAUGAUGCAACCUAUGCCCGCUUCUUCAAUGCCACAAGGUCAAUUUUACUCCACUGGUUAUGAGGAUCACAAUAACUACUAUUAUGGUGGUGGUGCAGCAGCAGCAGCAGCUUACGACGAACAACAACAACAUUAUAGUGGAUAUGGGUAUCACCCAGCUGCCGUUUACAUGCCCAGCUUAUCCCAUUAUCCACAACAACAACCAACAACCUAUAACGAUCAAGGGUAUCAACCAUCUUAUUACAAUCAAGGUGCUCCAUACGCUGCAGGGUACCCUGAACAACCACCAUCUUCGCAACCACAAUACCCUAAUGCUAGCGCGUACUAUGCUAACUCAACGACACCAUACCAUGCUGUAUCACCAACACCACCAUCGGCAGUACAUCAGCAACCAUCCUCGGUUCCACAUACACCUAUGUCACCUACGAUGCCAUCCCAUCCACCAAACAAUGCCGGAGGCCCUGGUGGACAUGGUACGGCGGAUGUAUAG